AUGGAUGACGCGAGUGUAGACUCGGAAAAAGUUGUCUCCUACGGUAAUGCAACGCAACCCCCACACGACGAAGGUCUUCAUAGGACAAGAACUGCUUUAUCAAGAAUUCUCACGGGUCACUCGGCUGAACGUGAAAAUGAUGAAAAAGAAUUGAAAAGAUUGGUUACAAACAAUAAGGGAGUAGAGAAAAUAAUAUCUGAGUUGCAAGAAGGUGCAGGUAGGUUGGGUCCACUUGAAGAGCCAUAUGAUGUAAAACGUGUUCAUACACAUGCUGAUCCACACUCUGAUUUUAAUGAUAAUGAUCCUUGGAAGUAUCCUGUGGAUGUAGAAACUGGAUUAAGGAUAGUUGAGUGGGUAGACCAUGAUAAGAAAAAUCCAAAAAAUUGGAAUAAUGCUAUAAAGUGGGUGUAUACUGGGUUGUUGGGUGCAAUAUGUUUCGUUGUUGCGCUUGGUUCUGCAAUUGUGACUGGUGAUUUAGAAAGACCUGCAGAGACUUUUGGUGUUUCUUCUGAGGUUAUUAUUUUGGCUUCAGUAACAAUGUUUGUUAUUGGUUUUGGUGUUGGUCCAUUAGUUUUUGCACCAAUGUCUGAAGAGGUGGGUCGAAAACCGAUAUACGCGGUUACUUUGUUUGUUGCUGUUAUAUUUAUCAUUCCAUGUGGUGCUGCUAGAAACAUUGGUACUUUAAUCAUCUGUCGUUUGAUUGAUGGUAUCUCGUUCAGUGCACCCAUGACAUUGAUAGGUGGUUCCUUAGCAGACAUGUGGGAAGGUCCAGAAAGAGGUGUUGCUAUGGCCAUCUUCUCUGCUGCGCCAUUCUUGGGUCCUGUUUGUGGUCCAAUCUUUGGUGGUUUGUUGUGUGAUCACGCACCUACCUGGAGAUGGAUUUACUGGGCAUUUUUGAUCAUUUCUGGUGUCUUUUACGCAAUCUUUAUUGUUAUUGUUCCUGAAACCCACCAUGGUAUCUUGUUGAAGAAAAGAGCCAAGAAGUUGAGAAAGGAUACAGGAGAUACCAGAUACAGAAGCUUGAAUGAGAUUGAAGUUAGGACAUUUGCUGAAGUUGCCAAAACAUCACUUUUGAGACCCUUUAUUUUGUUGUCUGAGUUGAUUGUAUUUUUGAUGACAAUUUAUAUGGCUAUUGUUUACGGAUUGUUGUACAUGUUCUUUUUCGCAUACCCGGUUAUUUAUAUGGAAGGUAAAAAGUGGUCUGCUUCAUUGACAGGUGUCAUGUUUAUACCCAUUGGUGUCGGUGUUAUCAUUGCCACACUUGCUGCUCCACUUUUUAACAAGGAUUACAAUAGAAGGGCUCAAAAGUACAGGGAUCGAGGUGAGUUGCCUCCAGCAGAGUUGAGAUUGAUUCCAAUGAUGGUUUCGUGCUGGUUUGUUCCAGCCAGUUUAUUUGCAUUUGCAUGGUCUUCUUAUCCACACAUUUCUUGGGCUGGACCAUGUUUCUCUGGUUUGGGUGCUGGUUUUGGUUUCUGUUGUUUAUACAAUCCAGCUAACAAUUACAUUGUUGACUCCUACCAGCAUUAUGCUGCUAGUGCAUUAGCUGCUAAAACGUUUGUUAGAUCUAUUUGGGGUGCUUGUGUUCCCUUGUUCACUAUACAAAUGUACCAUACCCUAGGCUAUGAAUGGGCAAGUUCAUUGAUGGCUUUCAUUUCCUUAGCAUGCUGUGCUAUUCCAUAUUUAUUCUUCAUUUUUGGAGCAAGAAUCAGAAAGUUUUCAAGGUACGCAUACUCGCCAGCUCCAGGUGAUAUCCCAGUUGUGGUCGACGUUGGUCACUAA